GUGAUCGAGAAGGAAGAGCCAAACUGGAACUUUGCGGUGACCCUGCCCGACCGCGGUGACGAGAUCGACAAGACGACUGUCAAGGGCUCGCAGUUUCAGAAGCCAUAUCUUGAGUUCUCGGGCGCCUGCGAGGGCUGCGGCGAGACGCCUCACGUGAAGUUGAUGACGCAAUUGUUCGGUGAUCGGUUGGUGAUUGCCAACGCCACCGGCUGCUCGUCCAUCUGGGGUGGCUCCAACCCCUCUUUCCCCUACACCGUGAACAACAAGGGCGAGGGCCCGGCCUGGGCAAACUCGCUGUUUGAGGACAAUGCGGAGUUCGGCUUCGGCAUGCGCAAGGCUUUCAAGCAGCGCCGUGACUACCUGGCCAUGCAGGUGGAGGACACACUGGGUGACAAGACGGUGGUGAUGUCGGACGAGCUCCGCCAGGCGCUGCAGCAGUACCUGGUGAUGCGAAAGGAGCAGAUGCAUGACCUCCUCCUGCCACGGGGCCGUAGUAUCUAUCACCAGAUCAUGGAGAAGUUGGAGCCUCUGCUGCAGAAGGAGAAGGACAGCCAUGCCAAGUUGAAGUACCUCCAUUCGAUGGAAGACAUGUUCGGCCGCUCCAGCUUCUGGAUGGAGCACGUGAACAUUCUCGUGCUGGAUACGGAGAUGUAUUCGAACACGGGCGGACAGGCAUCCAAGUCCACGCCCAAAGGUGCCAUGGCCAAGUUCGCGGAGGGUGGUAAGCUGACCCAGAAGAAGGAUUUGGGGCAGUUGGCCAUGACCUACAAGAACGUGUAUGUGGCCAGCAUCUGUGUGCACGUGAACCCUCAGCAGGCGGUGCGGGCCAUGCUGGAGGCGGCCAUGGCGCACGGCAACAACCCCUUCCAGCUGGAUAGCAAGAAGAUCAAGGGAGACCUCUUCAAGUUCCUUGCCAAGGAAAACCGCUUUGCCGCUGUGAUGCGCCGGGAUCCCAAGCAUGCGCAGGAGUUGGAUGACAAGCUGAAGGACAACCUGGUGCAGAAGAAUCACCUCCUGCAGGUGCUGAAUAAGGAGGACCUGGAAGGUCAGUUUCACAAGUUGGUGGAAGGCCUCUCUGACGCAAGCUCUGCCGGCAGCUCCGUGACCAUUCUCUACGGCAGCGAGACGGGUAACUCGGAGGAGCAAGCUAAGAACCUCAUGCAGGACAUCAUGGCCCGUGGCCUCAAGGCCACCUGCUCUUCCAUGGACGACUUCGAUUUCGAGGAGCUCCCCAACCAAAAGAUCGUGAUCCUGGUUGUGUCCACUUGCGGACUGGGCGAGUACCCAGCGAAUUGCAAGCAGACUUGGAUGAAGCUCCAAUCGCAGGACCUGCCGAUGAGCUGGCUCUCUGGCACCAAGUUCGCGGUCUUCGGCUUGGGCGAUUCCACUUACUCGCAGUUCUGCGUGGCCGCCAUCGGCUUCGACACCCGCCUGGGCGAGCUUGGUGGCCAGCGCCUGCUGAAGCGCGGCGUUGGCGAUGACCGGGACGAGGACCGCUACUACACCGGCUGGGAGGCCUGGCUCCCGGAGCUCUGGCAGGUGCUUGGCCUCCCGCAGCUGCCGCUGAGCCAGGAAGCCCCUGCCGCUUGCUACCGGGUGGACGUGAGCCCUGGAGCCGUGGACAAGCCUCCCGUCAGCGACGACGACAUCGUCCCCCCGGGAGCCACGAAGCUCACCCUCAUGCACAACUCGGUGCUCACGGGCGACGCAAAGUACGACCGCGACAUUCGCCACUACGAGUUCAAGAUCGAGGGCACCUCCGUUUCGUACAAGACGGGCGAGAGCCUGGCUAUAUGGCCUCGGAAUCCCGUCGACAAGGUCCUGGAGUUCUGCGCCGACAUGGGCCUGGAUGCUGGCCAACAGCUGCGCGUGCUGCCGCUUGAAGGUGCCCGGAACUGGUGUCCCAUGGACCUCAACGUCCGCCAGCUCUUCUCGCACGUCUUGGACAUCUUCGGCAAGCCCAACCGCAAGUUCUUCGAGACCUUGUCUCUCUUUGCGACAGAUGAGAAGGAACGGAGCCAGUUGCGCAGCGUCGUGGAGAACAGCGCGGAGGGUCAAGCACUGUACCGCGACCUCACGCAUGACUUCGCUCAUCAUGCCGAUGUCUUCAGGAAGUUCAAGAGCGCACGGCCGCCCAUUGAGCAGCUGCUGAACAUGAUCCCAGUUCUGAAGCCCAGAAGCUACUCUAUUGCCAGCUCCCCAUUGAUGCACCCGGACAAGAUCCAGCUGUGCGUGGUUCUGGUGGACUGGAAGGUGGAGAGCACGCAGGAACUCCGCAUCGGUGAGUGCACUGGAUACCUACGAGGCCAGAGCCCUGGCGCCGCGAUCAUGUGCGCCGUGCGGCAAAGCGCGAUCGUGCUGCCAAAGGAUCCUUGCAGCCCGGUGUUGAUGGCCGGCAUGGGGACAGGCCUGGCGCCGUGGCGAGCAGUCACGCAGGAGCGCGUCUGCCAGCACAGGCAAGGACAGAAAGUGGGCCCUUGCAUGCUCUUCUUCGGCGCGCGGUAUGCCGUCGAGUAUCUCUACAAGGAUGAGUUCGAGAGCUAUGUCAAGGAGGGCGUCCUCUCCAUGCACACUGCCUUCUCACGCGAGCAGGCUCGGAAGAUCUAUGUAUCUCGGAGGCACCAAGAAAUCCUGGGCNNCUAA